AUCCCACCGUUUCCUAAAUGACACAGAGCCCGCACAUUCAUCUCUCUCCCUCUCUCCCUCUCUCUCUCUCUCUAAUCUUUCCUAUCAGAUACGAAGAGGAGCAAAAUCAUGGGUAAUACAUGCUGUUUUUUAUGUGGAUGCGUAGACCAAGCUAGCGUUGGUGUUGUUGAAAGGUGGGGUCGUUUUGAGCGAUUGGCUCCGCCAGGUUUCCACUUCUUUAACUGCCUUGCUGGUCAAUGUUUGGCCGGUGUUUUGUCUACCAGAAUUCACUCUCUUGAUGUCCGCAUUGAAACCAAAACCAAGGAUAAUGUCUUUGUGCAAUUGGUUUGCUCGAUUCAGUACCGAAUAGUCAAGGAAAAUGCUGAUGAUGCAUUCUAUGAGUUGGCAAAUCCCAGGGAGCAGAUUCAGGCUUAUGUAUUUGAUGUGGUUCGAGCUAUUGUUCCAAGAAUGGCAUUGGAUGAGCUUUUCGAGCAGAAGGGUGAGGUUGCCAUAGCUGUCUUGGAGGAAUUGGAGAAGGUGAUGGGAGCCUAUGGCUACUGCAUAGAGCACAUUCUGAUGGUUGACAUUAUACCUGAUGAUACUGUACGCAGGGCAAUGAAUGAGAUCAAUGCAGCUCAACGACUUCAGCUUGCUAGUGUAUAUAAAGGUGAAGCUGAAAAGGUGCUCCUAGUCAAAAGGGCAGAAGCUGACGCUGAAGCCAAGUACCUUGGUGGGGUUGGUGUGGCCAGGCAGAGGCAGGCAAUCACCGAUGGUUUGAGAGAGAACAUACUGGAGUUCUCACACAAGGUGACAGGCACAUCAGCUAAGGAGGUGAUGGAUCUCAUCAUGAUCACACAGUACUUUGACACCAUCAAAGACCUCGGCAACUCAUCUAAGAACACCACUGUUUUCAUCCCUCAUGGCCCUGGUCAUGUAAGAGACAUCGGCGACCAGAUUCGCAAUGGGUUGAUGGAGGCAUCCUGUGCUCAAAUUGAUCAGCAGUGAACCCUUUCACCAGGCAUCUUCCGAAGCACACUUUCUUUGAAUUUGAAUGCAACAUGGUAAAAAAUACGAUUUAUGUAAAUAGGAUGAAAUCCUAUAUUUUAAGUUUGUCAUAGAAAUGUAUUAUGAGUUUUUUAUGCUCGAAUUGCCCUUUUUGCUAAUGGAAAAGAAAACUAUCCUUUGAAAA